AUGGCGGAUACAGCCAAUGAGGAAGGUGGAGUUGUCAUCCAAGCAGCCUUCUGCAGUACUCAUUCACGUGAAGUCUUAGAUUCUUACCGUCAGCAGCUAGGUUUAGGACCUUGCAAUAACUUGAUAAGCAGCGGAGUACCCGGGGUUCCAGAAACGCAUCCUAAGCAAGCCGUCAGUAUUUAUCAUCAUGAGCACCAGCAUACGGACGAGUCUGUCUUGCCACCCCCUAGUAUUCCGAAGAAUAAGUCAAGCCACAACUUGCACUCAGAGGAUACAAGUGUUUCGGUAGUCCGGAAUCAACCUCCUACGGCGCCGGGUUAUCUUGGAAACAGCUCCCUGCCUCACAACAUGAGCGCGGAUGUCCCUGAAGACGAGAACUGCCGGUUAUGGAUCACGGGGUUGCCGCCAAAAUGCACCAUUUCGGAUGUACUGGGAGCAAUCCGAGGCAUUGGACGCGUCUACUCGUUACAUAUUAAUCCACCCGUGCACAAUGAAAAAACAGGAAAAUUAUUUCCCACGUCAGCAGCCUCGUUGACAUUCUUUACCGCAAAUGCCAGCAACAGGUUCCUACUCCUACAGUCUCAGCAUCCCUUCAGCGUCAAAGGCUGGCGCACCAAGGUUGGUCGGCAUCGAAUUCGCGCCAAACCCUUUCUAAUCUACCAUCUUUCCCGAGUUCUUGUCAUCAAGGGAAGCCCAAAGAUUGUGACACCAGAGAAUUUAACUCGGAUCUUUAUAGAACGGUGGGGUGUUCGUUUCGAUACCGAUUUUAUAGACUAUCGGCCAGGCGAACAGUCCAGUGAGAUCAUCUGGGGGUUUGGAAGCUUCCGGGGACAAGCUCAUUCAGUGUACAUCAAUAUCACAGAUCAGCUAUCAGGGGUUGUUACUGUCAGUUACGGUCAAGAUCCGUGCGCAUAA